AUGGCGACGACUGUAAACCCAGUCCCCAACAGAACAACUGUGACCGUGAUUGCCGUGUGGUUACUCGUGCUGCUGACCUCCCCCGUUGUACCGUAUCUCGGCUACAAUUUCAUUAGGAGCAUCGCAAAUGGCGCUUUCGUUGGUUUUUCAAAUCUACAGAACCUCUAUAUAAACAACAACUUUAUAACCACCCUCACCAACAGGUCAUUCUCCGGGCUCUCCAGUCUUCAGGAGCUGGACCUUAGUCAUAAUAGAAUAGGAAUGAUGCAGGGCGGCGCUUUUAGCGACCUAUCUAAUCUUUAUUUUCUAAAUCUCGGCUACAAUUUCAUUAGCAGUAUUACAAAUGGCGCUUUCAUCGACCUGUCAAGUCUAGAGAACCUCUAUAUAGACAACAAUUUCAUAACCACCCUCACCAAUGGGACAUUCUCCGGGCUGUCCAAUCUUGACUGGCUGGACAUUCGAAACAAUCUAAUCAGAAAUGUUCCCAGUAGCACUUUUAACGAACUAUCCAACCUCUAUGGUCUGGAUCUCUCCUACAAUUUUAUCAGCAGCAUCGCAAAUGGCGCUUUCAUCGGCCUGUCAAGUCUAGAGGACCUCUAUGUGGAAAACAACUUCAUAACCGUCAUCACCAACGGAACAUUCUCCGGGCUAUCUAAUCUUCAGGAGCUGUAUAUUGGUCAUAACCGCAUCCGAAAAUUCUCCGGUGGGGCUUUCCAUGGCUUAUCAAGGCUUUCAUGCCUUUAUCUCUACUACAAUUUCAUCAGCCACAUCACAAAUGAAACUUUCGUCGGUCUAUCCAACCUAGAAUUUCUUCACCUUGGGCACAAUUCCAUCACAAGCAUUACCAGUGGUGCUUUCACCGGUCUGCCUAAGCUUUGGAAUCUUAAUCUCCGUAACAAUGGCAUCACAAGUAUCUCCUGUAGCACGUUCGUCAGUCUACCAAACCUAUAUAAAUUGGUACUCGACAAAAUCGUCAUAACUACCAUCACUGGAGUCGUUUUGCCAAACCUUGAAUCCUUAUAUCUUCGGCAUACUCGUGGCAUAGCAAGUGUCACGAGUGACCUUUUCAUCGGUCUCCCGAGGCUACAAGAAUUGUAUCUGCAGUAUAGUGGCAUCACAAGUAUAGCAGGAGGAGCUUUCAGUGGUCUGUCCAAUCUUGAGUAUCUGCAUCUUGACAACAGCGACAUAACAACUAUCACCAGUGGAGCUUUCAGUGGUCUGUCCAGUCUUAGGUAUCUGUAUCUUGACAACAACGACAUAACAACUCUCACCAAUGAAACUUUUAGUGGUCUGUCCAGUCUCCGUUACCUGCAUCUUAAUAACAACGACAUAACAAAUAUUGUCAGUGGUACUUUCAGCAAUCUUUCUAGUCUUUGGUAUCUAUACCUUUACAACAACAGCAUAACAAAUAUCACCAAUGGAACUUUUAGUGGUCUGUCCAGUCUUAAUGGACUGGGUCUUAAGAGCAACGACAUAAAAAAUAUCACCAGUGGAGCUUUCAAUGGACUGUCCAGUCUUCGUCAACUGAAUCUUCACAACAACGACAUAACAACUCUCACGAGUGGAGCUUUUAGUGGUCUGUCCAGUCUUCGGUAUCUGUACCUUGAAAACAACGACAUAAAGUAUAUCGCCAAUGGAGUGUUUAGUGGUCUGUCCAGUCUUUUUCAUCUGUACCUUCAAAACAACAGUAUAACAGAAAUCGCCAGUGGAGCUUUCAGUGCUCUGUCGAGUCUUUCUGAACUGUACCUUGAGAACAACGACAUUACGACUCUCGUCAGUGGUACGUUUAGUAAUCUAUCCAGACUAUUAACUCUGGAACUUCAGAAUAAUGACAUUGAAAAUAUCGCCAGUGCUGCGUUCAGUGGGCUUGGCAAUCUUCGGAAACUAAAUCUUGAUGACAAUAUCAUAACCAACAUCAGUAUUGACACUUUCAUUGGACUGUCCCGUCUUCAGUAUCUGUACCUUCGUAACAACAAAAUAACAACUAUCGCCGGUGACACUUUCAGUGCUUUGUCCCUUCUUAUAUAUCUGUACCUUCAGAACAACGACAUUACAACCAUUGGCAGUGGCACUUUCAGUGGUCUGUCUAGUCUUUCUGUACUAGACCUUCAAAAAAAUGACAUUUCAACCAUCAACAGUGGUGCUUUCAGUGGGCUUGGCAAACUUCGCACUCUAAAUCUCGAUGAUAACACUGUGAUCACCAUCCAUUAUGGCACCUUUACGGGUCUGAUCAAUCUUUCACGUCUGUAUUUUCGUAACAACGCCAUCAAAACUAUCGACAUCGGUACUUUCAGUGAUCUAUCAAAUCUUCGACGUCUACAUCUCGAUAACAAUGUCAUCUCAAAUAUCCCCAACGGUACUUUCAAUGGACUGUCCAGACUUUAUGAGCUUUCCCUCAACAACAACACUAUACCACAGCCAAGCAUCAGUUUUAUCUUUGGCCCGUCCAAUCUUGAAUACCUGUACCUUCAGAACUGUGGCAUAACAAGCAUUGACAGUAUCACUUUCACCGGUCUUCCUGGACUUAGCUCCCUGUAUCUAGACGGCAAUCUCUUAACCAACAUAUCCGGUAUUCUAUUCACACCGCCUAAAACUAAUUUAACAAAUCUGUAUCUUCGCAACUGUGGCAUUAUAAGUGUCAACAGGGACAGUCUCAGGAAUCUACGAAGUCUUUCCUCUCUACAUUUGGACAACAAUUUAAUAUCCAACAUUGAGAACGGCACAUUCAUUGGUCUUUCCCGUCUUAGAACCCUCAAUCUUCAAAACAAUUCUAUAUCCAACAUCGAGAAUGGCACAUUCAUUGGCCUAUCCCGUCUUCAAACCCUCAAUCUUCAGACGAAUUCCAUAUCCAACAUCGAUGAUGGUGCAUUCAUUGGUUUAUUCAGUCUUGAAACCCUCAAUCUUGCCAACAAUAUUCUGUCCCAUAUAGCACGAGUCCAUUUCAUGGACCUGUCGAAUCUUCAAAAGAUGAAUCUUAAGAACAAUAACAUACGUCACGUCGAUGCCAGGGCCUUCUCUUAUAUUCUAAAUCUAGCAGAGCUGUAUCUUGACGGCAACCCCUUAGGAAACCUAACGGAUGACCUCUUUGUCCACAUACCCAAGCUACAUGUUAUCAGUUUAGUCAGAUGCAAACUCACCACCGUACCGACCUUGCCGCCAUCUAUCAAAUCAAUCCAUCUUGGUGGGAACCCAAUACAAGUACUACAGUCGGGAGAUUUCAACGACCUGAAAAACCUUCUGAAUCCAGAUAUUUGCAACCAAUACGUGAAAGCACAGGCAGAUUACGAUCAAAUAGAUGAGGACGACCACUCCUACUUAGACUAUUUCGACUACUACUACUAUUACAACGAAUACGACGACAACUGUGACUACAGUAGAUCAUACAAGAAUGCAACAGAUUACCCGAUCACCACUAUAGCGAGAGGGGCGUUCACCAACCUCGAUCAUCUGACGGUUAUAACGUUACGGGGUAACGGCAUCAUCAACGUUUUGCCUUUAGCUUUCGUCAACCUGCCAAGCCUGGUCGAUGUAGAUUUGAGUUACAAUGAGAUCGCCUAUCUACUUCCAGACACAUUUGUGGACGUACCACGUCUUCGGUUCCUGUAUCUCCAUGGCAACAAGCUCACCGCCCUUCCACCGGAGCUGUUUGGCACACUGCCAGCACUGGAAAAAGUCACUCUGUACAACAACCCGUGGAGGUGUGACUGUUGGCUACGAGGCCUUGUAGAAUGGAUGAAUACCACAGACGUGACAUACGAGAGUCAGUCACCGGUUAAGUGCGCAUCGAGUCCAGUGCCGUCCCUGCUGAAUGUGUCACUGUCACAAGUGGAUCCCCAGUCACUGAUCUGCGAGCAGACCACAACACCGCAAUUAAUAUUAACAUCGACAGCUAUCAGCCACACCAGCACGAAGUUAGAAGAAAACACCAUUCCCUCGCCUACAAAAAAUACUGUUGUAACAGUUACCCCCAGCCUCUAUCCACCAAGAGAUGUCUCCUUGGUCACAACAGCCGCCACUGAAUUGACAGUUCAAUGGGAAUCUCCCUCUAACGAUGUCAUGGGCUACAUGAUCUCUUACAUGAACACAAAGAGUGGCCAAGUUCAGCGGAUCCAACUAAUUCAUCCAAGCGUCAAUUUCUACACUAUAUCUUACUUGUCUCCAGGUACAACAUAUCGCGUGUGUGUAGUCGCUCUGUAUACAGUGGGCAGAAGUACAGCAACAAACAACACGUGCAUCACGGUCACAACUAAAGAGGAUUCUGCAACAAGAGGCACAGGCACAGAUCAAACCCUGGUCAUAUCUCUGGCAGCAGUGAGCGUCAUCGCAGCGGUGUUCAUUGUGUUAACAAUCGUGAUGUGCAAGUUGAGGCGGAUGCAGCGGACUACAUCUACUACUACCCAUGAUACAGCACAGGACAUGCAAAUGGUGCCUCCGUCCAAGAACACCACGAACACCGACGUGGUACUGGUGACAACUCCAUCUGACAAUAGUCUGGACAUGGCGGUCGGGGGACCAACAGCAACCACUUCUGACGACCACUUCUACAUGCACCUGUUACAUUCCGACACACAAACAGAUGGCGCCACAAACAUAACUGAUGAAAGUGGUGCAGCACCCCUGGGUAGACAGUCUGACACUGUGGCCGCAACUUCCUCUGACAUGGCAGCCGGAGGACCAACACCAACCACUCCUGCCGACAACUUCUACAUGCCUCUGGUACAUCCUCACACACAAGCAAGUGGCAUCACAUCAGUAACAAUUGGCGAUAGUGGGGCAGCAUCCCUAGGUAGACAGUCUGACACUUUGGUGGCAACUUCCUCUGACAUGGCAGCCGGAGGACCAACACCAACCACUCCUGCCGACAACUUCUACAUGCCUCUGGUACAUCCUGACCAAAGUGGCGAAAGUGGGGCUGCAUCCCUAGGUAGACAGUCUGACAUCGCGGCGGCAACUGACAAUAACUUGGACAUUGCACCCCGUGGAUCAGCACCAAACACCCCUGGCGACCACUUCUACAAGAACGUGGCACAUCCUCGCACACAGGCAGGUGGCGUCACAGACCCAGCAGGAACAACUGGCGAAAGUGGGGCUGCAUCCCCAGGUAGGCAGUCUGACAGUGUACAUGUAUAUGAAGAUGUUAAUGAGACAAGACAGCAACAUGGUGGAAGUUUUGAGGACCAUGUCUAUCAGAACGAUGCACUGUAGUGUUAUAACGCUUACUGUUUCCUAUUUUAUAGUAUUAUCUAAUAUUUGUAUAUAAAAUCUGUAUCUUUAAUUCCUAUAGUGACAUGUAUUUUGUUCACAAGUAAUAAGGUUAGUCAAAUAAUUCUACAGAUUUUUUUCUUACUCUGAGAAAUCGUUAACUCAGAAAGUGUUUUGAUGUACAGUUAUUUUUUCAAUUAAGCAUAUUUCUAAAAUACGACAACCUACUGAUUGUGGGGCUUACUGUGCAAUUUUAUAAUUUUGCUCAGCAAAGUUAUAUACACUGGUGUUGGGGGUCAAAAAGAACUUAAGCAUUAUUGUAAUAAUCAUAAUA